AUGCCUGGACGUGUCCUACCAACAUUCACGCCCGCCGAGGUGGAGUCGCAUAACAGUGUCAAAUCCUGCUUCAUUACCAUCGGUCGCAAUGUCUACGAUGUUACCGACUUCGUGGAAGAUCAUCCAGGUGGUGGUGAUCUGAUUCUGGACUAUGCUGGCAAGGACGUGGCGGAGAUCAUGAAGGAUGAAAUCUCCCACGAGCACUCCGAGGCCGCCUACGAGAUCCUUUUAGACUACCACGUCGGAUUCCUCUCCUCGGAUGCAUCCGGCAAGUCCCAGGACGCUGGUAUCAACGUUGGCAAAGGCGAUGGAACUGUUUAUGAAACCACCGGAAUGUCGCGGGAGGAGGAUCUGUCUGUCGAGACCGACUUCUCGCAGGACUUCAAAACACAUAAGUUUUUGGAUCUCAACAAGCCUCUGUUCCCUCAACUCUGGUACAGCACUUUCUCCAAGGAAUUUUACUUGGAGCAAGUUCACCGGCCCCGUCACUACAAGGGAGGCGAGUCGGCCCCUCUCUUCGGCAAUAUCUUGGAGCCUCUCAGCAAGACUUCGUGGUAUAUAGUCCCUAUUCUGUGGCUGCCUAUGGUCGCAUAUGGUACCGUGAUCGGAGCUGGGGGUCUGAAUAACCCCUUGGCCGCUGCCGCGUAUUGGGCUGUUGGUUUUUGCCUCUGGUCCCUGAUCGAGUAUCUCAUGCAUCGCUUCCUCUUCCACCUUGACAAUUGGCUCCCCGAUAACCGAGUUGCUCUGACUCUACACUUCCUUCUCCAUGGUAUUCAUCACUAUCUCCCUAUGGAUAAAUACCGACUUGUCAUGCCGCCGACCCUGUUUGUCGUACUGGCUGCCCCUUUCUGGAAGCUGGCCCAUGCCGUCUUCUUCUACAACUGGUUUGCGGCUGUGCAGGUCUUCUGCGGCGGUGUUUUCGGAUACAUCUGCUAUGACCUGACCCACUACUUCCUUCACCACCGCAACCUUCCCCUGCACUACAAGGAGCUCAAGAAGUACCACCUUCAGCACCACUACGCUGACUUUGAGAAUGGAUUUGGUGUCACCAGCCGAUUCUGGGAUCGUGUCUUCGGCACUGAGCUGGAGGCUCCUUCUUCCAAGGGUGCCAAGGCUCAGUAG